AGGCACUGAGUCGUAGCCCCGCCUGGGAGGGCGCGCUGCGGCGACUGUGUGGGCCAGGAAUGCGCGGCUCCUCGGCGUGGACGCCGCCUCGCGGCGGGUUGCCCUGGCCUGCUGCGCCCCCCUCGGGUGGCCGGGGUCUGCGCGACCUUGUCUCCAGGCGCCAUGGCCAGAGCCCUCCAGUCCCCGGUUCUGGCCCGCGCUGAGUGCCAGGGGCGGCAGGGGGCACCGUUGGGGGUUCUCCAGUGGGAGGAACGUGCUCUGUGAGGUCAGCGCGCCGCGGCCCGGGUCACAAUGCUGCCCUCCUCGACGCCCGGGCCCGGGCACGCCACAGAGACCUGCCCGGCUCCCCCUGGACCGGAGCGUUCUCCCGCGGCCAGGGCUCGGGCAGCUGCUUCUAGCCUGGGACCGGUCUCAGCCUCCGGGAGAGCGCCCUGGGGCCUGGACAUGAGCGCCCAGGAGCCCCCGCAGGGUCGGAGAUUCCCCAUUGAGGCCGGAGACUCCCGUGGCCUUGCCGCCGCCCCCGAGUCCCAGGACAGCCCGGAGGCGGUAGCGACGGAGCACAACCCGGUCAGGCCGCUUCGUCGCUGCCCUGGAUGCCACUGCCUGACGCUGCUGCACGUGCCCAUCGACGUCUACCUGGCCAUGGGCGGGAGCCCCCGGGCCCGCGCCACGUGAGUGCGCCUGCUCCCUGCGGCUCCGCGGGAGCUGGGCGGGAACGAGGCCCCCCCGCGGGCCACCACGCUGAGGUCGCAUGCGCCGAGCACGAGACAAUGAUGCACAUUUUAAAAUAAAAGAAUGAUGCACAUUUUAAUAAA